UUUGAGGAGUUUUAUGAUGUGGGCUGGAAUUUCCAAUGGAGAUUUCUCCGUUGUUAUGAUGAAAAGGGAGACUUUUUUUGAAACUUUUACCUUAAUCUUUUUCCUGAUUUUCUCCUUUUAGUUUUUGAUUUUGGCCUUUUCAAGCUAUUUCUGGGAGACCCUUUAAUAUUUUUUAUUGUCUUUUUCAAUUUUGGUUUAGAAAAGACGGAUAUUUGAGAUCUUGUUCUAUGUUGGUUUUGAUGUUUCAUGAAGGGGUGUUUUGGAUUAGUACCAAGGUUUUCAUCUUAUAUGAGAUGUAAGGAAGAGAAAUAGGUAAAAGUGUUAUUGCUGAUCUUCAGCUUUUACUUUUGUGGACAAUGCACUCUCUGCUUUUUCUCAGAGACUCUUGAUUCUUUGUAAAGAUGUACUACUGAUAUCAGUUGAUUCAUGGCUUGCUCACUAUAAAGACAGAGGGGAGAAUCAUUUUAUGUUAAAGAAAAAUUGUGGGAAUUUUCAGGUUCACAACAAAAAUGAGUGGGGCUAUAGAGGCAAAGGACUGCACAUCUUUUCAUAAUAUUGAUGUGUGCAUGGCUGCAAUAAGUUGGACUGUAAAAGAUGCUUUAACUUUUUUCAAGAAAGGCGCGUCUUUGGUGAUCUGUGAUUGUGUUGUUUCACUCUAAAAAGUUGAGGUGAAUAUAACAUCCAAAAUAUCUUAACAACAGUGAGCCUUGAAUUUUUUGUCCUUGUGAAAAUGGAGGAAAAAGAAGAAUGUUCUCUGAAGUUCCUCAAUUUGAUGAAAGCCCAUUAUCUGAGAAAAUAACAGCUUGUGGUAGAGGAACUUCCUGUUGUGUUUCAUUAAAGAACAAGGGCAGAUUUCCUUAGUUCUCAUAUCAAGCUUUGAGUAAUUUCAGCCUUUUGUUGCUGUUAAAGAGUACAUAUAGUACUAGUCUUACUAUAAGUGGAGAAAUGCCGAGAUCAAGAGGGACAGAAAUGCCUCAACGGCCAUCUCCCCGAGGACCGCCUAGUCUGAGGACGUCAAGCUCGGAUUCAGAUCCUGUACACCAUCGUUCACGGACUGACAGGAGCCCGAAGCUAUCUGACGGUCGAUCCCCUCGAACCGCACAAUCUGAUCCUGUCAAUCAAAAGAAACUAGGAAGCCGCAUUUCAGAUUUGGAAUCUCAACUUGGGCAGGCGCAGGAGGAGCUUAAAAGUCUGAAGGACCAAUUAGCCUCGGCUGAGGCUGCUAAAAAUGCAGCUCAAGAACAGCUUGAGAAGAAAUCCAAGAAACAGCAAAAGAUUCCUGAGCCAGUGGAAGUCCAAGUGAAGCACUCCACUGCAAUUGAGACCAAGAAAGACAGCAUUGUUGAUUAUGAAAGAGCCAAUGAUGUCCAGAGGGAAACUGAUGUUUUUGAAGUCACUAUCGAGAAAGUGACUCCGGAACCUAAGCCCGAACUUGACCCUCCAGCCAAUCAAGAUGAACUCACACCUAAACAUGUCGGCUCGCCAAAUGAAUCGCUAGCCACAUCUCAGCCUGAGGAUACCUCAUUUGAUGAGUUGGCUUUGAAGAACGACGAGAUAAGCUCACUGAAGUCGAAGUUAGAUGAGAAGGGCAAAGAGCUAGAACUUUUUCAUCAGGAAAAUGAGAACCUAAAGAGCCAGCUUAAUGAGAAGUUGCUGAGGAUAUCAUCAGCUGUAACUGAGAUAGAGGAUCUGAAGUUGAGGUUGAAUAAUGUCGAGGAAGAGCUGGAAAAGACUAAAAAUGGUGCUGCCCAUGUAAGCGAGAAGCUAGAGGCUUCUGAGAAAGCAAAGGAGGAACUAGAAAACGAGAUGAAGAAGCUCCGUGUACAGACCGAGCAAUGGAGAAAAGCAGCUGAUGCUGCAGCUUCCAUUUUGGCUGGGGAAGUGGAGAUGAACGGGAGACGGAUAUCUGAGAGGUGUGGAUCAAUGGAUAAGCAUUAUGGCAAUUCGUUCGAACCCAUUGGUGGAUAUGCGGGCUAUGUUGGUUCUCCAGGGCUGAUUGAGGAUCCUGAUGAUGUUUUUGGAGGCGGAAAGAGGAAAGGUUCUGGCAUUAAAAUGUUUGGAGACUUGUGGAAAAAGAAGGGCCACAAGUAAACCUCCAAUACUUUAAAUCCAUUGGUAUCGAUGAGGAGUUUAGGUUUUGGAAAAUGGUUUCUUACCAUUUACAUUUGUCUCCAGUCGUCCUGUAAUAUGACCACUCUAUUGAUCUACUUUGGUAGUUUCAUGAAGCGAAGGUCUCAGACCCCCUAAAUUAUUA